AUGGACAAGGUAUCGUCGUUCUUUCUGCGUAAACCAGACUCCUUCUCUGGCCUCAUGUCGCGAAAAAGCGAAGUAUACCUGCCAAUCACCUCAAAACCGCAGCCCAAAUUCCGUGUAAGAGCAUUACUAGGCCACUGCCUCUACCGGAGAGUGGUGUUAUGGACUUUGAUCGUCAUCGUAUUACUCUCAGUCACACUGUUCAAUCCGCGAAUAACACAACGACACAAUGUCUUGGAUCUGGUCCACGUCGGCGUGGGAGAGGUCGCAGAGAGCAAGGCAGAACAGACGGGGGACCUGUCCCUCACUAAACAAGAUGGGAAGAAUGACGCAGAUGAACGGCCUAUGAAGUUGGAUGAAGAACACAAUGAUGAUGAGCAGAGUGAGAACAAAAGCGAGAGUACGAGCGAGGAUAAAGAGCGGGAGAAGAAAAAGAAGGAGAAGGGAAAGGAUAAGCAAAAAGAAAAGGAGCAAGCGAAAGAGAAGGAAAAGGAAAAGCUGAAUGGUCCUCACUGGCUCCGAUACAAACAUCUCGAUGGGUACUACAACGGCUUGAGGUCGCUGGUUUCCUUCUCCGACUACAUCCCUGAAUAUCCUGUCGCACUGGACGCCAGCCAGCCCACCGUAGUCGUGCCGACAGUACACCGCACUGCUCUUCCUACGCCCACAGUAUAUCGGUCACAUCCAGACUACGAUUCGUCCGAAUACAGGAGCGAAUACCAGAAAGUGAAGCCCUGCUACCUCGAUGCGAAAAGGAAAGUCCCAGUCCCCGAGCUCUACGCUUACAGCGGUGUCCCACAAGGUCAAGCCAAGCCCGCACUUGGGUCGUAUGAUCUUUUGGGCCUCCGGGAAGACGUUUGUUUCGAUCGAUUCGGUCGGUACGGUCCUUAUGGUCUUGGCUACCCUGUCUCUGAAGGUGGAACGGGCGAGGCGACCGAUACGGAGCACGAGGCUAGCGAAUACGUUUGGCAGAAAACGGGUAAGAUCAACUGGGACGACAUGGACUGGGCGGCGGCACAGGAUCGCUGCACCCAAGACAACGAAGCCCGUUUCUUUACUGGCAACAAAACCCGUGACAGUGAGAUCGCCAAAGUUCGACCUCGAAAAAUCCAUCGACAGGCCGUGGUGGUGCGAACGUACGUGGGCUUCAAGUGGACGGCACAUGCGCUGCUCAAUUUCCGUGCCAUGAUUUCCGAACUCAAUCUGCAGUCCAGUGGCGAGUAUGACGUACAUUUCUUGCUCCAUGUCCGCGACAAUAAUGCCCCGAUUUGGGCGGAUCCGGCGACGGCUCAACGUAUACUCGAUGCCAAUGUACCUCCCGAGUUUCAUGGCAUCUGUACCCUGUGGUCCGAGGCUCAGAUGAAAUUAUAUUACCCAGGCGAUUUUGGUUACACGUUUGAGAAUCCAAGCAACGGCGAUAUCCACGGGGUGUAUCGCAGUGCCCAUAUGCCGUUGCAGCAUUUUGCCAACAUUCAUCCCGAGUAUGAGCACUUCUGGAACUGGGAGAUGGAUAUGCGCUGGUCCGGGUCCUACUACGAGCUCUUCGACCGCCUAGGCAAAUGGGGUCAGCAGCAGAGCCGCCAAGGUAUGUGGGAACGUGCCAGCAAGUACUACAUCCCCGAGCUGCAUGGCGACUGGGAUAAUUUUACCAAGAUUGUGGACAAGGAGACUCGGACGUCUGGCCGGAGAUCGAUCAUGGGCCCCGUCAUUUUUGCCGGCAAGACGAGCCUUCAGCAUGGUGAGGAGGGCUUCCUUCCCAGAACUUGUGCUACUGGCUCCGACAUGAAACUCUGUGGUGUUGGUGAGGACGCAGAUCUCAUCACGCUGAACCCCCUAUUCGACGCCGACCAGUCCGGCUGGGUAUUCGCAAGCGAUGUCACCGGCUAUGACAAGCAAUACCAACAGCCUCCUCGACGGUGUGCCAUAGUGACUGCGUCAAGGCUUUCUCGCCGGUUGCUGUCUGUCAUGCACGAGGAAACAUGGCGCCUGCACCACAGCAUGUUCAGCGAGAUGUUUCCGCCCUCAAUGGCAUUCCAUCAUGGCCUCAAGGCUGUAUAUGCGCCCCACCCCGUAUACCUGGACCGUGCAUGGCCAGUUGACGAGAUCGAAAAGGCGUUCAAUGGCGGACGAGACCACACGUCUGGCGGCCACGGCAGCCCCUUUGACUUGAUGAAUGAACACAACCACAAGGGAACCUCGUGGUACUACAACAGCGAGUUUGCCGGUCUCCUGUGGCGACGGUGGUUGGGUUAUGCCCAGAUGGAUGGCCGUGGAGAUAAUGGAGGCCGAGCAGGUGAGGGCACGAUGCGUGGGGGAAGAGACGAGGAGAUGGACAAGAAGAACUCCGGUCGCUUGUGUCUGCGCAGCAUGUUGGUACACCCGAUCAAAUGGGAGAACCCAUCUGAGCGAGACUAA